GGGCCUCGCCACUCCUCCUGCUGUCUGCCCGACUCAGGCCAGUGUCGCUCGCUCUCGCCGCAGCCUCUUCCUCCUCGCCAUGACUUCCUACAGCUAUCGCCAGUCGUCCGCUGCCUCCUCCUUCGGAGGCCUGGGCGGCGGCUCCGUGCGCUUUGGGGCCGGGGGCAGCUUCCGCGCGCCCAGCAUCCACGGGGGCUCGGGUGGCCGCGGCGUGUCUGUGUCCUCUGCCCGCUUCGUGUCCUCGUCCUCCUCUGGGGGCUACGGCGGCGGCUAUGGGGUCGCCUUGGCUGGGUCCGACGGGCUCCUGGCUGGCAAUGAGAAGAUCACCAUGCAGAACCUCAACGACCGCCUGGCCUCCUACCUGGACAAGGUGCGCGCCCUGGAGCAAGCCAACGGCGAGCUGGAGGUGAAGAUCCGUGACUGGUACCAGAAGCAGGGGCCCGGGCCCUCUCGCGACUACAGCCACUACUUCAAGACCAUCGAGGACCUGCGGGACAAGAUUCUUGGUGCCACCAUUGAGAACUCCAAGAUUGUGCUGCAGAUCGACAACGCCCGUCUGGCUGCCGAUGACUUCCGAACCAAGUUUGAGACGGAGCAGGCCCUGCGCCUGAGCGUGGAGGCCGACAUCAACGGGCUGCGCAGGGUGCUGGAUGAGCUGACCCUGGCCAGAACCGACCUGGAGUUGCAGAUCGAGGGCCUGAAGGAGGAGCUGGCCUACCUGAAGAAGAACCACGAGGAGGAAAUCAGUGCCCUGAGGGGCCAGGUGGGUGGCCAGGUCAGCGUGGAGGUGGAUUCUGCUCCAGGCAUUGACCUAGGCAAGAUCCUGAGUGAAAUGAGAAGCCAGUAUGAAGUCAUGGCUGAGAAGAACCGGAAGGAUGCCGAGGCCUGGUUCAACAGCCGGACGGAGGAGCUGAGCCGCGAGGUGGCAGUCAACACGGAGCAGCUCAAGAGCAGCAGGUCCGAGGUCACCGACCUGCGCCGGACCAUGCAAGGCCUGGAGAUCGAGCUGCAGUCACAGCUCAGUAUGAAAGCGGCCCUGGAAGGCACGCUGGCAGAGACGGAGGCCCGCUACGGGGCGCAGCUGGCGCAGAUCCAGGCGGUGAUCAGCAGCAUCGAGGCCCAGCUGAGUGAUGUGCGUGCCGACACCGAGCGCCAGAACCAGGAGUACCAGCAGCUCAUGGACAUCAAGUCGCGGCUCGAGCAGGAGAUCGCCACCUACCGCAGCCUGCUCGAGGGCCAGGACGCCCACUACAACAACCUGCCCACCUCCAAGGUCAUCUGAGCUGCCCGGCUGGCUGCUGGGCUCUGCUCCUGGCAGGGUUGCGGGAGGGGAGGGGUCCUUCCUCUGGGCUCCUCCCCUGAGCUGCCAAUAAAACUUUAUGGCCUGA